AAUGGUUGAAUAUGAUUAUGAUGAAAGGCCUUCUUCUUCAUUUUCAUCAUCAAAUAAAAUUCCAUUAAUUGUAGUAAUUGCUAGGGUUGUAACCUUAGCUUCUUUGUUGAUUUCAUCACUUGUGAUGUAUAAUAAUGAAGUUCCUUAUAUGAAUACUCAGAUUGACUACCACCUUUUUGAGACAUUCAGAUUCGUAUUUGGUAUAAUGAUAAUGGGGAUUUGCUACACUGUAUUGCUACUUCCAUUUGCAGCAUAUUACAUGAUAGCAAAGAAACAACUCAUAGAUCACCACAUGUUUCACUUGGUUCAACUUAUUGCUGACAAGAUCAUGUUUGGACUAUUGGCAACUGCAGCUGGAGCAUCACUAGGUGUAACUGUGGAAUUUCAAAAGAGAACAUUCUUAGAUGGCACCUCAGGUGCAAAGAUGCAUAGCUAUUUUUCCCUAAUGUAUGUCCCUAAUGCAUUUUUUGUAGUUGGACUUGUUGGUUCUCUAAUUUCUACAAUAUUAUCAUCUCUAAACUUCAACAAGAGUGAAUGAUCAUCAAUGG